AUGGUGCUAUAUGCUUGGAUAAAUUGUUUGUUUGGUUAUUAUGUUUCAUGUCAGAGUGGUGGUUAUGAAGUGGAUCUUUUUGUGGAUCCCCCAGACCAUGACCUAAUCUGUAUCAUAUGCAAGGGGGUUCUACGCUGCCCUGUGCGUGUGGCAUGUAACCAUGUCUUUUGCAAGAAGUGCAUUUUGCAAUGGAUGAGGAGGCAGGAAACAUGUCCGUGCUGCAGGAAGCCUAUUAGCCAGCGCCUUAUGUUUGUCAUGUUCAAGCUCAGUAAAUCCAUUGGUCGUUUGCCAAUCAAGUGUCGAAAUGCACAACAGGGUUGCACAGCUACCUUCCAGCUCUCAGAGGAGUACCUCCACAGCUCCACAUGCCCCUUUGAGUGGGUGCUGUGCCCACAACAGGGCUGCGAGGCUAGGGUACUGAGAAAGGAAGCACAGGCCCAUGCCCUGGUCUGCAGCCACUGGAGGCAGCUGUGUCCGAUGGGUUGUGGCACGCUCCUGAGUCGCACUACUCAGACCCAGCACAACUGCUACAAAGAGCUGCAGGAGCGCUAUGAGGCCCAGAGACAAAAGCAGAGAACCAUUGCCUAUGCACUACGCAAAAAAAUGCAGCGAAUGCAAAGUCGCAUGGCCCACAUGGCUCAGCAAAUUAGCCUGAUCUGUGAAAGCCUGGAGCUUAGAGAGAACCUGGAGGAAGAGGAGGAGGGGGAGGAGGAGAGCCCUGGUGAGGGAACCAGUAUGAGAAGACACUCCAGAGUCAGUUUAAGCUCCAUCACUCCUACGAGCUCUAGCAGCAGCAGCUCCUAA